UCCACAGAAUACAGACCAUGCAUAAAAUUUUGUUAUUGUGUCACAAAAUAUAAUUCUCAAAAUAAAAAUAAAACAUUUGUAAUUUACCUAAAAAAUAAUUUAAAGAUGAGUAAAGCCCCAAUCGUAAAGAAUAUUAUUCAUGCGGGACAAAAAUAUGUGCCUAUUGCUAAUGGGAGCAAGGUACAUUUUCAUUUCCAAACAUGGAAAUUAGGCAAAGAACGAAUUUUAUUAGAUGAUAGUAAAAAAAUUGGCAAAAAAGAGCCAAUGGUUCUUAUUAUAGGACACAAGUUCAAAUUAGAAGUUUGGGAGAAUAUUGUCAAAAUGAUGGCUGUAGGGGAGGUAGCAAGCUUCCAGGUGAAGAAAGAGCUAGUGUACAGCUACCCAUUUGUUUCAAAGACACUCCGUGAGUUAGGACAGGAGCAAAAGAUCAAACAUUCAUGUACAAUGACUUUACACACUGAAGGCAUUGGAUAUUCUGACUUGGAUGACUUGAUCAACAAUCCUUGUGAUCUGGAAUUUAUUAUAGAAGUAUUAAAAGUAGAAAGAUCUAACGAGUAUGAGAAAGAGUUGUGGCAAUAUUCCAGUGAAGAGAGGCUGAACCUGGUCCCGGAGUUAAAGGAAAAGGGGAACAAGUUGUAUGCACAAAAGCAAUAUGACGAAGCUGAGGAGGCAUAUAGACAGGCUAUUGCGAUUUGCGAGCAGCUUAUGAUCAGAGAACGAAAGAGCGAUGAGGAAUGGAUAGCUCUCAAUAAGCUGAAACUUCCGGUUCUACUCAACUACGCUCAGUGUAAACUAGUCAAAGGAGAUUAUUACCAUGUUAUAGAGCAUUGCAAUACUGUGUUGGAGUAUGAUAAAGAUAACGAAAAAGCCUUAUACAGGAGAGCAAAAGCACACGUAGGUGCAUGGAACCCAGACGCAGCAGAACACGACUUCAGAAGAUUAAAAACAAUCAAUCCAACCUUAAGUGCCAUUGUGGAUAAGGAGUUAGAUAAUAUUAGACAUCUGAGGAAGCAGAAAGAAGAGCAGGACAAGAAUGCAUUAAAAAAACUGUUUGACAAAGAAAAUGAAACCUCAUAGCGAUGAUCACUAUUACGUUUGCUGUUUGACUGUGUUAUGGCUCAAGCGACGCGGACGGCCGCAAAAACCGUGGGGUGUCAUGGGAGUUGGACCACCCGACAAAAGCGAAGCGAAAACGACUGAUCCGCUAAGCAACUUAUAAAUAUUAAAAAAAUCAACUGUCUGUCUCGGUCAGUGUAAUUGUGAUGAUGUCUAUAUAAAAAAUAAAUUAUUAUUUAGUAAUUAUUAAAUAGAGGGUAUUCAAAAAUUCUUAAAAUCCACGUUUACUGGUAUUUUAAGUUAACUAACAUGUUUAAAUUAUCAAUUGAACUAAAAAAGUAUGACGAGAAGACAAAGUUAUGUCACAUCUAUGCUAUUUCGUACAAGCUCCCAUACUGAGAGAGCGUGUUUUGACGUUUGAUAAAAAGUUGCUAAUUUGACUAGUAGGCAUCAUCCCUAUUCGUCCUUCCUCUUGCUCUUGUGAACCUGCAGUGUUGCUCUGUUAGACCUCUUUGUUGAAUGAAUGUAUUUCUUUAAGCUGUACUUAUGAGCUCUGAUCAUCACAUCGGGGGAACUAUGAAUUUAAAAAAAAAGCUGUGCUUGUCUUUAUAAUAUUAUGUAUGACUUCAAUCGCCUUCAAGUCCGCUAAAAUAUUUAUGCUUAAUAUUUAAUAAACACUUGCAGCUUACCUGCAUUCUACAUUAUUGAUCUCUCUCUAACCCAAAUAUUAUAUUAAAAUCUUUAUAUUUGUUAUGUGAUGAUACUCUGAUUGUAUAGUAUAGUAUUGUGGAUUGUAUAGUACAGCUAAUUAUAUUAUUUGAAAUGAAAUAUCUAAAUAAUAAAAUAAUUAUAACAGUAAACUGUGAUCCAACUUUAUAGUUAUUUUCUUCUAUUCAGGCAAAUUCUGUUAUAUGUACAUAAUAACAUAAGCUAAGCUUAUACAUAACUCCAUGGUAAUCUCUAAAUUAAAAUGAUAGGACAUGUACCUAUUGCUAUUUGCUAUCCCUUUCAUAAUGUUCCUUGCAGAAAAUGAUAGCACUACAUUUAGAUCUGUCAAUUUAAUUUAAAGUUAGUACUCAUAUAGUGACUUGUCUUGCAUGCACUUUUGUAAUUUAGGAAAAUGCCCAAUCUAUCUAAUCAGAAUAAUUUCUACUGUCGGGGUCAAAAAGGCAAUGAUAUUUAUAGCUGUUACACUCCUUAUCUGUUAGUCAUAGAUUUAUUUAUAUUUAUUUAUUCUUCAUUGAAACAAUAAUAAUCAUAAAAAUCUUAUC